GUGAGUGUGAUGUGAGUCGAUCUCAGAGCAGCAGUUAGCGCUGAUGCAACACACUGACAGCUCCUCUCAGCCGGCUCCACUGUCUCACAGCUCUGUGUAACAAGACAGGUUUACAGAAGGCUCUGCGUCAUGGCAGAUCAGCUGAGUCCGGAUGAGAAGUUCCACCUCAUCACCAGGAACCUUCAGGAGGUUCUGGGAGAGGAGAAGGUGAAGCAGGUUCUUCAGGAGCGAGAGCUGAAGGUGUACUGGGGCACAGCGACCACUGGCAAACCUCACGUAGCGUACUUUGUCCCCAUGUCCAAGAUCGCAGACUUCCUGAAGGCAGGAUGUGAGGUCACGAUUCUCUUCGCAGACUUACACGCCUACCUAGACAACAUGAAGGCUCCCUGGGAGCUGCUGGAGCUCAGGGUGAAGUACUACGAACAGGUCAUCAAGGCCAUGUUGGAGAGCAUCGGCGUGCCGCUGGAUAAACUCAAGUUUAUCAAGGGGACGGACUACCAGCUCAGCAGAGAGUACACUCUGGACGUGUACCGUCUGUCCUCCAUGGUGACGGAGCAUGAUGCUAAGAAGGCUGGAGCUGAGGUCGUCAAACAGGUGGAGCAUCCCCUGCUGAGCGGUCUGCUCUACCCUGGACUGCAGGCUCUGGAUGAAGAGUACCUGAAGGUGGACGCUCAGUUCGGAGGAGUGGACCAGAGGAAGAUUUUCACUCUGGCAGAGAAGUACCUGCCGUCUCUGGGCUACGCCAAACGCUCCCACCUGAUGAACCCGAUGGUCCCUGGACUGACUGGAACCAAGAUGAGCUCCUCAGAGGAAGAGUCAAAGAUCGAUCUGCUGGACUCUGCUGCAGACGUGAAGAAGAAGCUGAAGAAGGCGUUCUGUGAGCCGGGAAACAUCCAGAACAAUGGCGUCCUCUCCUUUGUCAAACACGUCCUCUUCCCUCUGCGCGGAGAGUUCUGCAUCAAAAGAGACCCGAAGUUUGGUGGAGACAAAAUCUACAGUGUGUUUGAAGAGGUGGAGAAAGACUUCGCUGAGGAGCUGAUCCAUCCAGGAGACCUGAAGGCCUCAGUGGAAGUCGUGCUGAACCAACUGCUGGAGCCAAUCAGAAAGAAGUUUGAGACGCCAGAGCUCCGCAAACUUACAAACAACGCCUACCCCGACCCCUCAAAGACGAAAGGAGCAGGAAAGGGUGCCAAGGCAGGUGGUGGAGGAGGAGGAGGUGAGGAUGAUGAGCUGGUCCCGUCCAGAGUGGACAUCAGGGUGGGAAAGAUCAUCAGUGUGGAGAAGCAUCCAGAUGCCGACUCACUGUACCUGGAGAAGAUUGACGUGGGGGAGGCGGAGCCAAGGACCGUGGUCAGCGGUCUGGUGGCUUACCUGUCCCAGGAGGAGCUCCAGGACCGGAUGGUGCUGGUGCUGUGCAACUUGAAACCCCAGAAGAUGCGAGGGAUUGAGUCUCAGGCCAUGCUGCUGUGUGCCUCCAUUGAAGGGGAGCCCAGGAGGGUGGAGCCUCUGGACCCCCCUGAGGGGUCGUCGCCUGGAGAACGGGUCUUUGUGGAGGGAUAUGAGACGGGCAAACCAGAUGACAGACUCAACCCAAAGAAGAAGGUGUGGGAGAAAGUUCAGGUACGUUCAGGAACGCCGCUCAGCCUCACAGCAAACGUCUCCCAGUGGACACUUGUGGUACUGCACCCAACGAUCCUGCACCAAAAGCUUUUUCUGAAUAGACCAAUGGAACGCCCCGCUCUAGGGUGUUAGAGUGUAACGUAAAAA